UUUCUUCAUAUUAGUAACAAUUUGAGCAAUUGGGAUUAGGUAAAAGUUGGACUUUUUCUUUUUCAUUGUUUUUCUUGAUUAUCAUCAUCUGAUCUGAUAUUGUUGAUUGUUGAAUUUCAAUUUAAUUCAAUGGGGUAUGAAGAUCAUGAAGUAUUAUUGAAGCAUGUUUGCAAAUUUUGCAAUAAGAGUUUUCAUUGUGGUAGAUCGUUAGGAGGUCAUAUGAGGUCUCAUAUGGUUAAUACGACUGAUGGUGAGACAUCAAGAAAGAAGCUUCCAGCUUUGAUCGUUAGCAAUUCCGCCACCAAUAACAACAACAAUGUUAAUUUGGAUAUUGGAACUCAAAAUGUUAAUUAUGUGCUUAGAAACAAUCCGAAGAAGACUUCAAAAUUUUCUGAAGAUUUGGUGGAUACUUUGCUUCCAAAAGUUUGCAAGGAAUGUGGCAAAAGCUUUCAAUCUUGGAAAGCUUUAUUUGGGCAUAUGAAGUGUCACUCAUCAUCAUCGUCACAAGAAGAAGAUUCUUGGAACAGUGUUAGUGAAUCUGAUACCGAAGCAACAGCAGCAGCGGCAGCAACAACAGCAACAUCAAACAAAAAGAAGAGAUCAUCAAGAAAAAGGUAUAAUAUGGCCCCUGCUGCAACUUCCUCUUCUUUAACUGUUGCUGCUAAUGCUUCUUCCCCUUGUGUAUCUGAAAUUGAGCAUGAACAAGAAGAGAUUGCUAUGAGUUUGAUUAUGCUUUCAAGAGAUGUAAGCAAUUGGGUUGGUCACAAUACUGUCACUGAUCAAUGUUCUGAUAACAAUUCUCAGUUUUUGACCAAAUCAGAGCUGAUCAAGAAAGUCAAAAAUGGGAAAACAGAACAAGGUGAGAGUUCUAAGUCUCUAAUAAAUGGUCAAAAAAGGAACAAAUCAGAGCCUCUAAUUCAUGGAGAUGAUGAGAAAAAGAAGAAGAUUAAAGUGGAGAAUGAAAACAGAGUAAUCUCUGAUCCAAAAAUAAAAUUUGAGUGUACUACUUGUAACAAGAGCUUCCACUCUUAUCAAGCACUUGGUGGUCACAGAGCAAGCCACAAAAAUUCUAAAGGUGAAACCUGUACUGGCACUGAUAUCGAUCAUGUUAAGCGAAUCAAGAACAGCAACAAUGAUGAGAGUGAAUUUGGGCAAAAUUGUGGAUCCAAGAAGCAGUUAAAGAUGCAUGAGUGUCCAAUUUGUUACAAGAUUUUCCCAUCAGGACAAGCAUUAGGUGGUCAUAAGAGAUCCCAUUUGAUUGCUGAGGCCAAAAAAAACAUCAACAACAAUAAUAACCACAAUCAAACUGUUGAAGUACAGAAACCAAUACCAGAAAUCAGAAACUUUUUGGAUCUAAAUUUGCCUGCUCCUGUUGAAGAAGAAGAUAACAUAUUGGAUUCUAGCACUACUGAACAGCAUAUUGAAUUUCAGCAAUGGUGGAUUGACAGCAGACACAAACAUGAGCAGCUAUUGGGCCUUCUUUCUAACUAAUCAUUGGGGAAUUUCAUCAAAGUGUACAGAUUCAUUGAUUCUUUACAUGAUUGAAGUGUUUGAAUUUCACAA